GAAUAUAUACUGAAGAAUAAAAUUUUAUAACACAUAUACUGUACAAAGAAGCAGAGGGAAAAGCUUUCUAAUGAACAUUAGGUUGUCUCCACACAUACACCCAAGGCCUCAUAGAGGGUGUGCUAAGACCCAGCCUUCAGGCCCUCUGAUAUCCACAUGUUCAGCAUGAAAUCUGAAAUAGGAGCUGUGAACUGGCUGAGAAAUUCUGCUACCAGUGCACCUACUGGAGGUUUAUAUACAUAGGAAUUAAAGUAAGUAGCUCAGUUUUCUUUAUAAGGGAGUAAAGUAGCACUUGAGACUUUUAAGGAUUACUUUGUUGGUUUACUAAUGUACAGUAGUGGAAACAGACUUUUAUGCUGUGUACAUAGCACUAUUGCUAAUUCUGACAAAAAUUAAUAAUAAUAAUAAUAAUAAUAAUAAUAAUAAUAAUAAUAAUAAUAAUUUAUUAUUUAUACCCCGCCCAUCUGGCUGGGUUUCCCCAGCCACUCUGGGCGGCUUCCAACAGAAAAAUAAAACACAGUGAUCUAUUAAACAUUAAAAGCCUCCCUAAACAGGGCUGCCUUCAGAUGUCUUCUAAAAGUCUGGUGGUAGUUUUUCUCUUUGACAUCUGAUGGGAGGGCGUUCCACAGAGCGGGCGCCACUACCAAGAAGGCCCUCUGCCUGGUUCCCUGCAACUUGGCUUCUUGCAGUGAGAGAACCGCCAGAAGGCCCUCGGUACUGGACCUCAGUGUCCGGGCAGAACGAUAGAGGUGGAGAGGCUUCGAUUUCUCCAAAUGCAGAAAGAAAAACCUGCAUGAUUUGUGGUAGCGAGGGACUGACUGCAUUUGCGCUUUUAAGAUUGCUGUUUCGAGGUUUUAUUUACAGUGAAGUGGUAUACAAAUGUCUUUAAAUAAAAGAAGCACCACAUCCUUUAAGAGGUUCUCGUGUGAAUUAACUGUGUUUCAUAAUCUUUGCAGGUAGACAUACUACUUAUGCGGGAUUGCAUUGGAGGCAUAGCAGAAUACUGCAGAUAGGUUUUCUCGCUCUUGUCAGAUGUACAGUAAGGAGCAGGGAGAAACUCCGUGCGAAAAAGUGCUGCGGAACAUAGACUUUGGGGAGGGAAAGGUUAGAUUAGAGACCCGGAAGCCAGCUGGAGCGUGGUCCUUUUCCAGACUGAAAACGCACUACUGUUUUAUCUUGCUGCGCGUUUGUUCAAUGACAAAUGAACGAGAGAGAGAGAGAUAUCCUCUUUCCAAUUUUGUUCCUUGUUUCAGACGUCUAUAUUGUGGGAUUAUUGAUAACUUUAUUUAGACAGCUACCUAACUCACUGUGCGACUUGGAAGAUACUGUCAUAGCUGCCAAGUUUUCCCUUUUCUCGCGAGGAAGCCUAUUCAGCAUAAGGGAAAAUCCCUUAAAAAAAGGGAUAACUUGGCAGCUAUGGAUACUGUGCUCCAAAGGCGGCCAUAAAAACGUAGUAACAAAUAAAGAGCAAAUCAACAAUGGGGGGGAACCCCAAACCCUCCACGGAAAACAAGCAAGCAAACGUAUCUGCAGUCCCAACCCAGCAACUGAGAUGCCAAGAGCUUGGCCUCAGCGACGUCCAUUUUGGGAGGGCGGGGGAUUAAGGGAAGCCGGUGAAAACGUUCCCGGAAGUGUGCUCUCUGGCGGGCGCCUCUCCCACUCUUCUCCCUCCUAGCUCUAUGGAGUUACAAAGGGCAGGGUCGGCUCGGCGGGGCUGCAGUACCACCUUAAAGGCGCCAGGUGGCGGUAGCGUACCAGGGAGGGAGGGGGCGGAGCAGCGUCGGCGUCUCUUCCCCCUCAAACUCAAAUUCCCGCCAUCCGGGGAGGGAAGGAAGAGACAUGUCAAAGAAAAGGGGGCUGAGUGUUGAAGAGAAGAGAACACGGAUGAUGGAAAUAUUUUUUGAAACAAAAGAUGUAUUCCAACUAAAAGACAUUGAGAAAAUUGCUCCAAAAGAGAAAGGAAUCACUGCUAUGUCGGUGAAGGAGGUCUUACAGAGCUUAGUCGAUGAUAGUAUGGUGGACACGGACAGGAUUGGGACUUCAAAUUAUUUUUGGGCUUUUCCAAGUAAAGCUCUUCAUGCAAGAAAGCGUAAACUGGAGGAACUGCAGAAUCAGUUCUCAGAAUAUAGCCAAAAGAAAAAAAGCUUACAAGAAGCCAUUGAGAAAUCAAAAAUGGGGCGCCAAGACACUGCAGAACGUGCUGCACUCAUAAAGGAACUUACUGCCCUUCGUCAGAAGAGAGACCAACUAAAGGCAGAAAUAGAUAAAUACAAAGAAUGUGAUCCGGAUAUUGUUGAAGAAAUCCGUCAAGCAAAUAAAGUAGCUAAGGAAGCAGCCAACAGAUGGACUGAUAAUAUCUUUGCAGCAAAAUCUUGGGCCAAACGGAAGUUUGCAUUUGAAGAGAGCAAAAUUGACAAAACAUUUGGCAUUCCUGAAGACUUUGACUACAUCAAUUAGAAAGGUUUAGUAAGAAUGGCAAGUAAUUUAAAAUUGUUCAAGAGAUUUUGUUUUCAUUCUGAAGUUUCUUUUUCUUUUACCAUCAUUAGUAUUUUGGUUAAUAAAAUCUGAAAAUACAUUGAAAAUAUAUAUUUGCUUUCACUCUGUGACCCAGUAAUUUUAUCUCAUAGAAUCAUAGAAUUGCAGACUUGGAAGGGACCCCAAAUGUCAACUAGUCCAACCUCCUGCAAUGCAAAAUGAGAGCCAAUUAUAAUGAAGUCUAUUAUUAAGGUAGAUGCUAUAAUGUCCAUUUUGCUGGCUGCAUUAUGUCAGAAAGUGUUGUGGCCUAGGCCAAAAACGUGGGUGAGAGAGAGAAACUGGAAACCAUGUUUUAUCCUGGAAAUAAAUAAGGCGGUGAAAUAAAUUACAUCUGUAAUUAAAAGUUUUGGGGGAAGAUAUGAAUGAACAGCUAUAUUCAUUUCAUGCAGUGCACUAGAUAUGCACAAAGAACAGGCAAUGCAGUUAAUCUCUUGAUGGUUUAGUCAGUUUUCCUAAGCUAUGGUCUAGGAUCACUGAGCAAUUUUGAAAACCCAGUGCUGCUGGGGAAAAGAAGGAGGAAGUGGGGAGAACUCCAUGGGGGCUGAAGGGCAUGAGCCAUGCUGGCUGGCUCUUACAGAGAGACAUGGGGAUGGCACUUGGGAUGCCUCUGAAUCCAAGGCUGCACAACUGAGAAGGACAAGCCCCUUUAGAUGUGAAUGCUGUGAACUCACUCUUCAUACACUUCAGGUAUAUAUACAGUAUGUGCGAAUAAACCAUACUUCCUAAAGACACUGCAGACACUGCUGUGCCUCAUUUUCUCCAAAGGAAACCCAAACCCUGAUUGAGUGCUAAGACCACUUGGCAGAGUUUGGGGUGGCCAGUAACAAUAUUUUCCUGGGAUAAGCAGAAGAGGCAGUCAAUUAGUAAAAUGUAGCAAUCACAAUUCACUGACAAUAGUGCGAAAUAACACAAGUGCUGGAAAUUAUCCUCUCACCCACCAUGACUGCAGUUUCAGUCAUUGUAAUAUUGUGUUACUCGUUGAUGGCCUUUCUACAAGACUUGAAAUAAACAGUUGCUACACAGCUGUGGCAUCUUCCUCAAGUUCCUGCUUCUCAUUCAUUCAUUCAUUCAUUCACAAUCCCACGGCAAACAGCACCACCUGCACUGGUUACCUGGCAGCUGCCUUUACCUGCACCUCAUCUGGGUCAGCCCCCCUGCAUUUCUUCCAUUGAUGCUACUUAGCUGGCUGGGUUUCACAUGCUAGAUCUGUGGAAAGAGGUUCUGGUUAGACAUGUGCAUACACAGCUCCCAGGCAUCCGCAUGUGGACAGAGUGUUGAUGUGUACGCACAUUUCCCAAUAUUAUCCCCUCUUUGCAGCCCUAGUAUAUGAACCCAGUGGACUUUGUGAUGGCAACAACAACAGGGCAAAAUAUAGAGAGGACUGAAUGAAUGGGGGAAGUCUGCCACCACAAGGCAAUCAGCCAUCAGGGAUCUUUCUCGUUAAAAUAAAUAAAUACAGUCUUUGUUCUUAAGAAGAAGAGUUUAGAUUUGAUAUCCCGCUCACUACCCGAAGGAGUCUCAAAACAGCUAACAUUCUCCUUUCCCUUCCUCCUCCACAACAACACUCUGUGAGGUGAGUGGGGCUUAGAGACUUCAGAGAAGUGUCACUAGCCCAAGGUCACCCAGCAGCUGCAUGUGGAGGAGCGGAGACGCGAUUACGAGUCUACUGCUCUUAACCACUACACCACACUUGAUACACCCAUCUUUGCAUGUCUUGAAAUGCAACAUUUUAGCUGUUAUUGAGAAAAUGGCAUCUAAUCCUGAAAACCCUCAACAAGUCUCACCUCUCCCAUUGACCAUCUGCUGUGGCCUUGGACCAGUCAAAUGUCUUUCAGCUUUAAUCACCCAACUGUAACUUAUCUGGCUCUGUUAUUGUGAAAAAUAAACAAUUCAGAUUCUUGAUUUGCAGUGUGCUUUGUGAAAUGAUAAAUACUAGUACUGUAAUAUAUGUGCUUCCUUAAGAGCAAGGAGAUGAAAGACAUCCAAAGCGUAAACAAAACAUAGUAUAAUAUUAACUCCACUGAAACCUUAAUAAUGCAGUAAUUCAAAAUAUGCGUUCUGACCACAAAAACAAAGCCGCCACCCCCCGAAGCUAUUUGUUUUUUGUCUUCUUUCCCACAACUUUAUGUUAACAAUAUGUUUUGUGCUUUUCCAAAAAUCUUAACUAGUCACCUGAUUUUGAUGCAGAUGCUAACCCUACCCUGGCAGUUACAAGGAAACUUGUUAUCAAUUUCAUAUCUUGCUUGAAAACAUAAAAUUACAAAACCCAGCAAAAUGCUCAAAAGGUCAAAGCUAGAUGUGUCUUUAAUUACAUUAAUCAUAUCUAACCAAAACCAUAACUAUACUGCAGCCUUACCGCUUACGGAAAUAAUCUGUAGAACAAUACAGUUUUUAAGCUUGAUACAGACACAGACCAUAAUCCUCCAGUUGGAGCCAGGCAGCUAAAGGUACUAUAAAAUUCUGUGCAACAGAACUGUAGAAAGGCUGGUAAAGAGAAUAUAUAUUUCCUCUGUUGUGGCUUGGUUGCAGUAUCUUCAGUUUUUAUCUUACUCAUAGGCAUUUUCCUGUUUGACUCUUGCAACUACAGAUGUGGGGGGGGGAGGGGACUAGAGUAUCUCCAUAAUAAGUCCUCCUGCUAAAAUUUCACUAUAUUAAAAAAAAAAUGAAAAGAGAAAAGUGAAAGCAGCCCUAAAUAUGAAAGUCUACAUGUCUUACUCAAGUCCCUUGGACAACUUCUAAAGCUAUAACUUGAUUUCUUGUGUUUUCAAAGUCCUGUUAAUUGUUCAGGGUUUUUUUUAUAUACAAGUGGUUUAUUUAACUCUUUUCAUAGUUAUCUUUCUUUCAGUUAUGCACUGUCUUGUUCUUUUGUCAAUUUCAUAUGACUAAGUUGAACAGCUGCAGCAAAAUUAUCCUCAAGUCCAUUUGCAAGUUAAAUAACAAAAGGUGAAGUGUAACUUAAGGUGUAACCACAUAAGGAUAUCAGUCUCAAAUUGAUAUUUACCUGAAAUUUGAAUUUGAAAAGUAAACUAAGACGCAUAGGCAUACAGAACAUGAUGUAUCCAAAAUGAUGCUGUGAUCUGUUCUUGUGCUGGGUGUGUGUGUGUGGUUUGCAGGGUUAAUUGGGAGAUAUUUCAUUGGUACUCUGAUAUCUUUUAAUCCAAAUAUUGGUGCUUUUGCAUCCCUAAAUCAAGUCCUUGCACCGUUGUGGAAUAUUUAGGGAAGUUUGAAUGUUUGAUGUUUUAUUGUAUUGUUAGUAUUUUGUUUUAUUGUAUUGUAGUAUUUUGUUUUGUCCUUGCACCGUUGUGGAAUAUUUAGGGAAGUUUGAAUGUUUGAUGUUUUAUUGUAUUGUUAGUAUUUUGUUGGAAGCUGCCCAGAGUGGCUGGGG